AUGCUGAUUACAGCCGGCAGCACGGUCGACAGGAUGAGCCAGAUACUGACCAGCCGACAAGCUGAAGAGCUGCACAAAUCCAUCAUCGCAUACCUUGCCUCCAACAACCUCCCAAAAACCGCACAAGCGCUCCGAGAGGAGCUGAGCAUAGGCGACACCUUCGACGCUGCCACCUCCAAGAAAUAUGAGGGUCUCCUGGAGAAGAAAUGGACGAGCGUCGUCCGGCUCCAGAAGAAGGUGGAUACCCCUACUCUGCAGAAGUGA